AUGUAGGAUUCAAAAAAUAAUAACACAAUAGAGCAAAACGUAAAUACCGAAUUUUUAAAAAAUGAAGAUAUUUAAAAUAAAGAUGAAUAAAUUUAAUCUUAAGAAUUAAUAAAACUAGAAGAGCAAAUAGAAAGUAAAUAUAAAGUAUACAAAUUAAGAUAUUUUAUUAUUAUAAUAUUCAUCCUUGGAAUGCUAUAAAUAUCGAUGAUUUAAAACAGUUUUUCGCCACAGGCAGCUUAAUUAAUAAUUGUAUAUAAAAAAUCUAAUUUUAUUUAUAAUUUAACAUCUUUAAUUCAUAUGAUAGUUCAUGUACCUAUGUCUUUUCCAGCAAAUUUCGUAGUCGAAAAAUAUGGGACUAAAAUAGGCAACACAAUAUGCUGUUUUUUCGCAUUAUUGUCAUGUUGGACAAAAUGCUUAAUAAAUUAUAAUUUUAAUUAUGCAAUAUUAGGUUAAUUUUUUGUAGGAUGUGCAAAUCCAUUUAUGAUAAACUCAAUAAGCAAAUUUUCAUGUAAUUGGUUUUAUCCUUCAUAAAGAGCUGCUGUUACUAGUUUAUUAUCUUUUUUUUCAACAGUAUCAGGUAUAAUAGGCUUAUUAAUACCAGGAAUAUUUUUUUCUAAAUAUGAUGCUUCAAAAGAUAACUAAGAAACUUUCUAAGAAGGUAAAAAUUUAACUUUUAAUUUACUUUUAGUUUAAGCAAUUGUUGUCUCUGUUUUUGCUGUUUUGAAUAUUAUUUUUUAUAGAGAUAAGCCUCUUACUCCUCCUAGUUAUUCAGCAAAUGUUUAAAGAGAAGAUUUUUAAAAAUCUUUAAAACUAUUAGUUAAGAAUAAGACAUAUAUUUUAAUUACUAUAACUUUUUCAUUAUUGUAUGGGUCUUUUAUUGAUUUUGCAGUUAUUUUAGGUUAAGUUAUUGCACCAUUUGGUUUUGGAUCUAGAGAUACUAGCAUUAUGUCUUUAAUUUGUGUAAUGUCUGGUAUUAUAGGUAGCAUAGUUUUGAUACAAAUUCUCAAAAAAAAUUUCUAAUAUAAAAGAUUAAUGGGAUUGUGUAUUAUUUUUUGUAUAUUGAGUGAUUUUAUGUUUUAUUUUAUGCUCAAAACGAGAAUAUAUGUAUUAGUAGUUAUCCCUGAAAUUAUUUUAGGUUUUUUUAUAAUCCCUAUAGUACCUAUUCUUUUAGAAUUUGCAAACGAAGUAUGUUUUCCUGUAGGAGAAGCUAUUAUUUCUGGUUUCCUUUAUAGUAUAGCACAUGUUGUAGGUUUUUUAUUAGGAAGUCUAUUUAGUUUAAUUAUUGAUACUUUCAAAAAUAAAGAAGAAAGUGCUUUUUGGUGUGUUAUUACUUUCGCUAGUAUUUUUAUUUUGAGCUUUAUAACUAUUUUUUUUAUGAAAUAAUCUCUAAAUAGAACUAAUGCGGAAAAAAAUGCUUUAAUUUAAAGUUCAGAAAAUAUUUCUAGUUCAAGUAAGAUUUGA